CUCUACACUGUGAACACGAGAGCAGAAUCAGUGUGCGCAGCAUCGCACCAAUUUAGCCUCGAUACACAUUUAUUGUGAUGAAGCAGGACAUUCGACCUUGUAUGAGACUGCUUCGACGAUGGACAGAGUCCGUUGAUGUCCCGUUUUUUUCCCACCCCUGGGGAGAUUCAAUGGACUCUUCCAGACAGACAUGUCACGGUUGUUGCUUGGAGAAUUGAAGCGCAUUGGGAGAGAGGCGAAAGGCAUCCUGUGCCUGCCAUUGCAGUGCAGCCUCUUUGGAGCUGAGAGGACGGCACCGACUGCCUACUAUACGGAAUCAAAUAUUCACUUGAUCGGUACGACGAAAGGGAUUUGAUGAAGGAAUACCCGAAGACGCAAUAAACGUACUCGCGUCCAAAGGACUUGUUCUCUUCUCGAAGAGCGGAUCUUGGAGUGCAGUCAUGGAGGAGACCGUGAUCUGGGAGCAACACACGGUGACCCUCCACCGGGCUCCUGGGUUUGGGUUUGGCAUCGCCAUCUCGGGCGGCCGGGACAACCCUCACUUCCAAAGCGGCGAGACCUCCAUCGUCAUCUCCGAUGUCCUGAAGGGCGGCCCAGCCGAGGGCCUGCUGCAAGAGAACGACCGCGUGAUCCUGGUCAACUCUGUCUCCAUGGACAACGUGGAGCAUGCCUACGCAGUGCAGCAGCUCCGCAAGAGUGGCAAGAACGCAAAGAUUACCAUCCGCCGCAAGCGCAAGGUCCAGAUCCCACUGAACCGUCUGGACCACCACCACCGCGAGACGAUGUCGGAGGUGGAGGACGAGGAGGAGGACAGCUACGAGGAGGAGAUCUACGAGGUGCGCAGCGGGCGCAGCGGGCCCAGCUACAGCGGCCGGCGCAGCGGCAGGGGCGGCGACCGGGGCGGCGGCGAGCACCGGGGAGGAGGCGGCGGCGUGGCCUCGCGCCGAGAGCGGGAGCGCUCCCGGGAACACGGCGGCGACCACGACCGCGAGCGCAGCGCCUCACGUGGCUCCCGAGAACGCAGCCUUUCGCCGCGCUCCGACCGGCGCUCCAUCUGCUCCAACCCCCCGCGGCCCGCCAAGGUCACGCUCGUCAAGUCUCGCAAGAAUGAAGCAGAAUAUGGGCUGCGGCUGGCCAGCCACAUCUUCGUGAAGGACAUCUCUCCCGAGAGCCUGGCCGCCCGAGACGGCAACAUCCAGGAGGGAGACGUGGUACUCAAGAUAAAUGGUACAGUGACAGAGAAUCUGUCUCUGAUUGAUGCUAAGAAGCUGAUCGAGAGGUCAAAGGGCAAGCUGAAGAUGGUGGUGCAGAGAGACGAGCGGGCAACGCUGCUCAACAUCCCCGACCUCGACGACAGCAUCCCCUCCGCCAACGCCUCCGACAGAGAUGCAGACAUUUCAGACAUCCACUCGGUGGCGUCGGAGCACUCGCAUCGUUCGCACGAGCGGCGUCGCAGCAGCCGAUCCCGCUCGCCAGACCGCCGCUCCGAGCCCUCCGACCACUCCCGACACUCGCCCCAGCAGAUGAGCAACGGCAGCCACCGGAGUCGUGAGGAGGAGCGUGUAUCUAAGGGGGCGCCCAUCCCCAUGCCCGCCAAGAUGCCCGAAGAACUGACCAAACAGGAGCCGCCCGCACGCGACGACAAACAGCUGCCGCCCCUACCAGAGCCCAAGCCAGUGUACGCUCAGCCUGGCCAGCCUGAUGUAGACCUACCAGUGAGCCCUGCUGAUGCUCCCGUGCAGGGCAGCGCCGCUCACGACGACAGCAUCCUCCGGCCUAGUAUGAAACUGGUGAAGUUCAAGAAGGGUGAGAGUGUGGGGUUGCGCCUGGCUGGAGGAAACGACGUGGGCAUAUUUGUGGCAGGCGUUCUGGAGGACAGCCCCGCAGCUAAAGAGGGCCUCGAGGAGGGAGACCAGAUACUCAGGGUAAAUAACGUGGACUUUGCCAACAUCAUCCGCGAGGAGGCGGUGCUGUUCCUGUUGGACCUGCCCAAAGGAGAGGAGGUCACUAUCCUGGCUCAGAAGAAGAAGGAUGUCUACCGGCGCAUCGUGGAGUCGGACGUGGGCGACUCGUUUUACAUCCGCACGCACUUUGAGUACGAGAAGGAGUCCCCGUACGGCCUGAGCUUCAACAAGGGCGAGGUGUUCCGCGUGGUGGACACGCUGUACAACGGCAAGCUGGGCUCCUGGCUCGCCAUCCGCAUCGGCAAGAGCCACCAGGAGGUGGAGCGAGGAAUCAUACCCAACAAGAACAGAGCGGAGCAGCUGUCUAGUGUGCAGUACACGCUACCCAAGACCCCCGGCGGCGACCGGGCCGACUUCUGGCGCUUCCGGGGCCUGCGCAGCUCCAAGAGGAACCUGAGGAAGAGCAGAGAGGACCUCAGCGCUCAGCCUGUGCAGACCAAGUUCCCCGCCUACGAGAGAGUUGUCCUCAGAGAGGCUGGUUUCCUGCGUCCUGUGGUCAUCUUUGGUCCCAUCGCUGACAUGGCACGGGAGAAGCUCAACAGGGAAGAACCUGACCUCUUCGAGCUCGCCAAGAGUGAGCCUCGCGAUGCAGGCACUGAUCAGCGCAGUUCCGGAAUCAUCCGGCUUCACACCAUCAAGCAGAUCAUCGACCGGGACAAGCAUGCGCUGCUGGACAUCACCCCUAACGCGGUGGACAGGCUGAAUUACGCCCAGUGGUACCCCAUCGUAGUCUUCCUUAACCCCGACAGCAAGCAGGGUGUCAAGAACAUGCGCACACGCCUCUGCCCAGAGUCCCGCAAGAGUGCGCGCAAACUCUACGAGCGAGCGCUCAAGCUGAGGAAGAACAACAGCCACCUCUUCACAACAACCAUCAACUUGAACAACAUGAAUGACGGUUGGUACGGCGCGCUCAAGGAGACCACCCAGCAGCAGCAGAACCAGCUGGUCUGGGUGUCCGAGGGCAAGGCGGACGGAGCGACAGAAGACGACCUGGACAUCCACGAUGACCGUCUGUCGUACCUGUCCGCGCCGGGCAGCGAGUACUCCAUGUACAGCACGGACAGCCGCCACACGUCGGACUACGAGGACACGGACACGGAGGGUGGAGCCUACACCGACCAGGAGCUGGACGAGACGCUGAACGACGAGGCGGGCCCGCCGCCCGAGCCCGCGCUCACUCGCUCCAGCGAGCCCGUCCGCGACGAGCCGCCCGUCAUGCAGGACCCCGCCGCCGGUUACCCCGGCUACCAGCAGCAGCAGCAGCAGCGAGGGCCUACCCCCACCUCUCACAACCCCGCCCCUCACGCCCACGCACAGCAACACACCCCUGAGCCCGCCCCCUCUCCCCACGCCGCCCUGGGCGCCCACUCGCCACAUAUCGACCCAGCAGGCUUCAAGGGGCCCGCGCCGCAGCAGGCGGAGGAAGGGGGGGCCAUGUCCAUGUCCGUGUCCGUCUCGCCGUCUCUCCCCUCUCCCGGCCCCGCCUCCUCCUCGGGGGCCCAGCUGGCCGGCACCACCCCUUCGGAGACCCUAAGCCCCGCCCCCGAGCCCCAGCCCAGCCCUGAGCCCCAAUCACAGCCCAGAACCCCUACUCCUCUCGAGCCACAGGCUCCUCCCAUCGCCCAGCCUCAGAUGUACAAGAAGGAGCUGUACAGUAUGGACGAGACGGUGCGUGUGAACCACAGCAUGAGGCCGGCGUCUCUGCCUGCCCCUCCCGUCCCCCAGGGGGCGCCCUACGGCCAGCAGCCGCCGCACCACCAGCAGCAGCAGCAGCCCUACCGCGACUACGACCAGCAGCCCUACCGCGACUACGAGCCCGCGCCCCCCAAGGCAGAGCAGAGCUACGAGGCGUCCCACCACUACGACCCGCGUUCCGCCGCCCCCCUGUACGCAGAGCAGCAGUGGUCCCCCUACGAGCAGAAGCCGGCCCCUCAGCUGCCCCCACCCCCCUCGUCCUCACCUUACCAGCCUUACGAGGCGCGCUCCCCCUACGAGGACGGCCCCACGCGUGACCGUGACUACAGCCCCCCGCGCGGCCCUCGCUACGGCAAGCCCGCCGGCCCCGCCCACUACGAGGAGCCGCCGCCCCCUCCGCCGCCCGUAGCCUACGAGGCGCGCUCUCCUUACGAGCCCGAACCCCUCAUGCCCCACUCCUACCCCGCGCACUCCCCCGAGCCCCCCAAACAGCACUACCACGGCGGCGAUGCCCCUCCUCGCUCCUCGGCCUACACCCCCUCUGGGGGGCGGCCCUCCUACGGCUCGGACACGGGCCCGCCGCCUCCCCCGCCCAAGCCGGACACGCUAAUGUCGCCCGGGGAGCCGCCGGGGGUCUACGGCAGCACCAAGCCCCUGCCCCCGCCGCCCCCGCCCACCAAGGACGAGCCCGAUGACGACCCUGCCAUGAAGCCGCAGUCGGUGCUCAACCGCGUCAAGAUGUUCGAGAACAAGCGCUCCGUCUCCAUGGACCGCGGAAAAGACGCCGGAGAGCCUCCGAGCGAUUUGCCCAAGCCAGCCAGCACCCCAGGGCCUGUGCUGAAAGCCAACUCCCUCAGCAACCUGGAGCAAGAGAAGACCUCCUACAGAGCCCCUGAGCCCCAGAAGCCUCAGCCUAAAGAGGAGCCGUUGUGGUCCAAUCACGAGGCGGAGGCCGAGGAGGACGAGGAGUACUACAGGAAGCAGCUCUCCUACUUCGACCGACGCAACUUCGACAACAAGGCCCCCACCGGACAACGCUUCCACGAGCCCGUCAGACCCACGCAGCUGGGCUACCCUUACACCAGGGCGGAGUCUGUGGAGAAGAGUGCACCAAUGGACAAGCGGUACGAGUCUCAGAUUAGCCCCACCCCUCCUUCUCAGUACGCUCCACCAGCCCCACCGACAUCGCUCCCCAAGCUCACCCCAACAGACUUGCCCUCUAGCAUCCCUGAGCCCCACAGCUCCCCCAAGACCAAGCCGGACUCGAGGGCACCGCCCGGUGGCGGCCUGGACACGGUACCCAGCAGCUACCUGCCCCCCAAGCCGGUCAACGGCACCGAUAUCAGCAACCCCCCCACGGCCCCCAAGAGCGUGGCGCCACCUACCUCCACCACCGGCUACAACCGCUAUGUGCCCAAGCCCUACACCAGCUCGGCGCGGCCCUUCGAGAGGAAGUUCGAGAGCCCCAAGUUCAACCACAACCUGCUGCCCAGCGAGGGUGUGAGCAAGCCGGUCAUCAGUCCCAGCCCCAGCCCCAGCCCCCCCGCGCCGCCCAAGCCCCAGCUCUCCCCGCAGCCCCCCGAGCACGACAGCGGAGUGGACACCUUCAGCCGCACGCUGGACCAGCGGCACAAACACCCCCACAACAACAAGGCCAUACCCGUCAGUCCCAGUGCGCUGGAGGAGGACGAGGAGGAUGACGGCCACACGGUGGUUGCCACGGCGCGCGGCAUCUUCAACGGCAACGGCGGCGUGCUGAGCUCCAUAGAGACGGGCGUCAGCAUCAUCAUCCCCCAGGGGGCCAUCGCUGACGGCAUAGAGCAGGAGAUCUACUUCAAGGUGUGCAGGGACAACAGCAUCCUCCCACCCCUCGACAAGGAGAAAGGAGAGACGCUCCUGAGCCCCCUGGUGAUGUGCGGUCCUCACGGCCUGAAGUUCCAGAAGCCAGUGGAGCUGCGCCUGCCUCACUGUGCGUCUAUGACCCCUGAUGGUUGGUCUUUUGCUCUCAAAUCCUCCGACUCCUCGUCGGGUGACCCCAAGAGUUGGCAGAACAAGAGCCUGCCUGGCGACCCAAACUACCUGGUGGGGGCCAACUGUGUCUCGGUGCUCAUCGACCACUUCUGAGGCACUCUGCUGACCUCGUUCGUUACACAAUGUGAAUCUACUUUCGAGGGGUGGAUUCAGAUCUGGGGGUUUUGCCCCCCAAGUAUUGACCAUCCUCCCCCCUCCUCCCUCUCCUCCCUCCCCUCCUCUUCUCACCCGGUCCAUGGGGUCAGCAGGUGGGAGGACAGGCCGACCAACUUAACCCCCUCCUCUCCUCUCUCCCCUCCAUCCUUCCUUCCUUCCUUCCUUCCUUCCUUUUGUGCUCAUUGAAGAAGACACACACACACACACACACACACACACACACACACACACACACACACACACACACACA